AAUAAAACAUUAAGAAACUUGCCCCUUCCUUCUCUCACAGAUCAUUCUAGGGUUCCUGACAAAAAAAACCAAAUACCUUUUCCUCUUUCCAUUUUUGUAGGAUUUUUAAGCUCUUUCUUCUCCUCCCCAUCUGAAAAAUCUCUUCUUUGUAAUCACUCCAAAAAUCUCUUACAUUGAUGAUCUUUUCCUAAUUAAGAAGUUCUUGAAUUCUAAUCUAAACCCUCUCUUCACUUCUUGAAUUUUCUCUGCCGACAUUUAAUUACUCUCUCUUUUCUGAUCUUGUGACAGGCACACGAAAAGAAAAGGGUCAAAAGAGAAGAAAAAUGGUGAGAGGAAAGAUAGAGAUGAAGAAAAUAGAAAACGCGACGAGUAGACAAGUGACUUUCUCGAAAAGAAGAAAUGGUUUGUUGAAGAAAGCUUAUGAACUCUCAGUACUCUGUGAUGCUCAAGUCUCCCUCAUCAUCUUCUCUCAGAGAGGACGGCUUUAUGAAUUCUCAAGCUCUGAUAUGAAGAAGACGAUCGAACGCUACCGCAAGUACACAAAAGAUCAUGAAACCAGCAAUCACGACUCAGAAAUUUACUUACAGCAAUUAAAGCAAGAAGCAAGCCACCUGAUAACAAAGAUUGACCACCUUGAGUUUCACAAACGGAGACUGUUGGGACAAGGUAUUGCUUCUUGUUCUCUAGAAGAGCUCCAAGAAAUCGAUAGUCAACUCCAAAGAAGUCUGGGCAAGGUCCGAGAAAGAAAGGCUCAGUUGUUCUCGGAGCAGGUGGAGAAGUUAAAAGCAAAGGAGAAACAAUUGUUAGACGAGAACGUCAAAUUACAUCAAAAGAGUGUUAUAGAAACAUGGAGAGGAUCGAAUGAACAACAAGAGAAAUGCAGAGUAAUAGAUCUGAAUUUGGAUGUUCAAACUGAUCUAUUCAUCGGUUUGCCAAAUAGACACUGCAGCUAGUACGUACGUAACAUAUUGUAAUAUAUUUUAUGUUUAUUUUAUUUAUCACGAAAUUUGCAAAAGCAUUCAAUAAAGUUGUGAGGGUAAUGACUUGUGAUAAUAACUCUUUAUGUAAUUCUAGUCCUUACUCGAUUAAAAGAGAAUUAUAGUAUAUAUCUACGU